AUGCUGGGAGUCCGUGACACAGCUUCGGUAGAAAUUGAGGACCUCAGUUCGAGCAAAGAAUGCAGUCCAGUCAAAACUGUUAUUGCCGAGGAAAGCUUGGCAGCAAAGCGGACAGAAAAUGAUCAUAGAUCAGAAGAAGGCCCUGUGCUCGAUGUAGAGCGUAACGAUGAAUGUCAUUCGUUUUGUAUAUUUGAAGUUCAGGGUACUCCGGCAACCAAAAUAGACGCACACAAGGAAGGGGAUUGCGAAGACACAACCCUGGCAUUUCAAAGUUCCGGUGUAAGCGCAGGAGAUCAGCGCCUAAGCGACAAUAACGAGAUGAAUUUUGGAGAGAAAAUACUCUCUUUCCAAGAACAGGCGCGCAAUUCGUCAAUAGAUUGGGUUGAUAGCGAGGUGACCAUUAGUAACCCAGCAGCUUGCAAAUCUCCCAAUAAUGGUAUAGAUUUGAGUAUUUUGGCAGAAUCCAGCGAAAUGGACAACGCUGUUGAAGUCAAAAUUUCUCCGAAGAGAUGUUUUGACGAAAUAGGAGAAGGCGAUAAAGUGUCAGCCACAGCUUUCAAUCAAGCUCGUAGUCUAUCGUCGGACACAUCUGGACACGUUGCUACUCAGUCUGAGGAUAUGCCAAGUGUUGGUCCCGCAGAGCAUACAGACCAGCUCUUAGCUGUCAAGAUUAAGAAUGAGAAUAGCGAGACAGAGUUUACUAACGAAGAAGAAACGUUGGGGUGUGUCUCGGUCUUUCAAAUGAUCCCAGAGUGUGCUUCACAAUCUACAUCGCGCGAACAAACUGUUGAGAUUGUUUCCUCUGUUGAAAAGUCGCAAUUAAUAUUACAAGCUUCCCUGGGUUGUCGCUUUGGUCAGUAUCCAGAAACUUCCGGAACAACUGGGACCAGUCUCACGAGAGAAACGACUGAACUCGAAGGCUUACCCAACCAAGAAGCGGAUGAAAAAGCCACGAAAAUUGAACUUGUCGAAACAACAGCCUCGCAGGGGCUUCCCACUUCCCCUAUGAAAUUGGCCCCUUUAAAAUGCGACUAUGAUGCCACUUGCACUAAGAGCACGUUCGCAUUGUCAAAUCCCUCGGUUCACAAAUCGUUGAAAGAACUCAUCCACAUGGCAAACCAUAAGUGUUACCAAGUGGAUUCUAGCAAGGUUCAGUACAAGGCAGGCUUGUCAAAAAAGAAAACUGCCGGGCUACCACAUCUUCACGAACGCUUUAACUUUCACAAGCGUUGA